AUGGUGACUACUCUAACUAAAAACUAUAUCGAAGAAUGUUCUUGGAAACCUGAUUUAUUUAAGGACAAAGUCUGUCUCAUCACUGGCGGUUCUGGUACAAUUUGUAGAGUUCAAGUAGAGGCUUUGGCUUUAUUGGGUUGUAAUGUUGUUAUAGUAAGUAGAGAUAUCGAAAAUGCGGAGUUGGUGGAAAAUGAAGUUAACAAUUUAACAAGUAGAAAAGACUCUUGUUUUGCUAUAAAAAAUGUCGAUGUUAGAGAUUAUUUCCAGAUGGAAAACUGUAUCAAAAUUACUAUUGAAAAAUUCGGUAAACUUGAUUUUUUGAUUGCUGGAGCAGCUGGAAAUUUCGUCUGCGAUUUUGCUAAUUUAAGUGCCAAUGCAUUCAAAUCUGUCAUAAGUAUCGAUCUCCUAGGCUCCUUUAAUAUCACAAAAGCUGCUUUACCACAUUUAAUUAAAAGCAAAGGUGCCAUUCUCUUUAUAUCCUCCACUUUCCACAAAUACGGUGUUCCAUUCCAAGGCCCCGUAGGUGCAGCAAAAUCAGGUAUCGAUGCGUUGUCAAACAAUUUAGCCGUCGAAUUGGGUCCCUUUGGUGUUCGAUCAAAUUGUAUUCAACCCGGUGCUAUCAAAGACACUGAAGGUUUUAAAAGAUUAUCUAACCCAAAAUAUGUAGAUGAUAUGAUCAAAAAGAUCCCUCUGCAAAGAUUAGGUACCAAAAAAGAUAUUGCAGAAGCAACCAUUUUCUUGUUGUCACCUGCUGGAAACUAUAUUAACGGUGAAACUAUUACUGUGGACGGUGGCAUGUGGCAUACUGGGACUCUAUUUGCGAAUAGUGAUAUGUACCCAGAACAAAUUUACAAAGGGAUGGAGAAAUUUUUAAGCCUGUCAAAGUUAUAA